UGUAAUUUUGUGUCUACAUUUGUCAUAAGGUCUCGUGUUUAAUAUUUUUUUUUUUUAAGUCAACAUGCCACCUAAGGCAAAUGCAACUACAACAAAGAAAUCUGAAAAAGCUCCAAGGAGUACAAACAGAUCUCUUGAUUCGAAUAAGAGGAAGCGUAAGAGGCGUGAAACCUACGGUGUUUACAUAUACAAGGUAUUGAAGCAAGUUCACGGUGAUACGGGAAUAUCAUCGAAAGCAAUGCUUAUCAUGAAUAAUUUUGUGAUUGAUAUUUUCGAGAGGCUCGCAGGCGAAGCAUCACGUUUGGCUCAAUAUAAUAAGAAACCAACCAUAACAAGUCGUGAAAUUCAAACAGCUGUGCGUUUGUUGUUGCCCGGUGAACUAGCUAAACAUGCUAUUAGUGAAGGCACUAAGGCAGUUACUAAGUAUACAAGCUCCAGGGAAUAGUUUUCUUGUGUACUUUUCACGUUUUCUUUCGUGUUUAUGAUAAUGAUAAAGGCCCUUCUAAG